GCGCACGCUACACGGCUCCCUGAGAGGCGGGACAGGGCGUCCCGAGAGCGCGCACGCAUCGGGCCCGCGGUGCGCGCGCAGGUCGGUGCCUUGGUCGGGGGCGCGCUCGGGUAACCUGUACCCUACGUAGUCGCCGGUUACCGAUCGGACUAAGUUCCAGUGGUGACUUACAAGUCAAGUCGAAAUGUCCCCAGAAGUGGCCUUGAACCGUAUUUCUCCUCUGCUCUCCCCAUUCAUAUCUAGCGUGGUCCGGAAUGGGAAGGUGGGACUGGAUGCUACGAAUUGUUUGAGGAUAACGGACUUGAAAUCUGGCUGCACUUCCUUGACUCCUGGGCCUAACUGUGACCGAUUCAAGCUGCACAUACCAUACGCUGGAGAGACAUUAAAAUGGGAUAUCAUCUUCAAUGCCCAGUAUCCAGAGCUGCCACCUGAUUUUAUCUUUGGAGAGGAUGCCGAAUUCCUACCAGACCCGUUGGCUCUGCAUAACCUCGCCUCCUGGAACCCCGCCAACCCCGAGUGCCUCUUGCUGGUGGUGAAGGAGCUUGUGCAGCAGUAUCACCAGUUUCAGUGCAGCCGCCUGCGCGAGAGCUCACGCCUCAUGUUUGAGUAUCAGACGCUGCUGGAGGAGCCUCAGUAUGGAGAGAACAUGGAAAUUUAUGCCGGAAAGAAGAACAACUGGACUGGUGAAUUUUCAGCACGUUUCCUUUUGAAGUUGCCAGUGGAUUUCAGUAAUAUUCCCACGUAUCUUCUCAAGGAUGUAAACGAAGAUCCUGGAGAAGAUGUGGCCCUCCUUUCUGUCAGUUUCGAGGACACUGAAGCCACCCAGGUGUACCCCAAACUGUACUUAUCACCACGAAUUGAGCAAAAAGCUGUAACUCCUAUGGUUACAUCAUCAGAGCUGGCACUGAACGUGCCCUGCCUUCCCCUUGUUCCCAGGCUGUUGGCAGUUCCUCCAGGGAAACCAAAGUCACUGUUGAUUUAUAUUUACUCACAAGAAGAAAGAUAUUUCUCAGCGGACAGUCUGAGCGUGAAGUGGUACUUAACAAAAGCACUGGUUCAUGUUAUGAGUAAGAAAAAAGAAAUUAGAAUGUGGAAGAAGAAGGUCCUAAAAUGUUCCUGUACUGAUGAAUAACAAGCCUUCAGCUAAAGGAAGCACUGUAAGUUUUAAAUAAGCAAAGUAAAAGACAUUGACACCUACAUGCAAAAUGAAACUACAGAACCUUGAACUUUUUUGGUCUUUUUCAUUUUUAUCGGUACCAGGGAUCGAACUCAUGACCGCACACUUGCAAGGUAGGCGUUUAUGUUGCUGAACUAAAUCCCCAGCCCCCAGAACCUUGAACUUUUAUUAUAUACAAAGCCGACACGUGUUUAAAGGUUUAGCAGAUAAUGCAGAUCUCUGAAAAAUCUUAAGAGCCAUUGACUUUAUUCCAGAAAAAUGAGCAGAACUUUAAGAGUAGGAUAUCCUCCGAAAGCAGUCCGUAUCUCACUUAAGAUCCUUAUUCUAGAUUGUUUUCCAUGCUUUCUAAACUGUGUCAAGCUAGAAUCAUCACAGUAGCUUCAAGUCUGAUGCCUAAAACACAAAUUAUCACCUAACACCGCCUCUCUCCUGUCUCCAAAAUCUACUCUUCUCCUAUGCGAUUUUCAUUAAUGGCUUUAUCACCCUCCCAGUAACCCCGGCCAGGACACUAAGCCUCCAUUGUUUUGUCCUUCCCCUUGCCGUUUUCUAUCUUAACAAUUGCUUGCUGAUUUUGCUUCCGUAUUAGGCUCCCGUGUCACCUCUCCCUCCUCCCUGACCCUGUUCAGGUCUCUGUAGCUCACUGUUUGCCACACAUUAGUAAUUUUUCUAAAGCGUAGUGUCAUCCCUGUCACUCCCUUGCUCGGUACCCUUUGUGCCUCUGCUGGACAGGUCAUGCCACGGCACGAUGCGUUGUCUUGAGGAGCCUCAGUGCCACCAGGCUCUUAGUCCCCUGUGUACCAAGUCUCCUGGGCAUCUGAACUGUAGGUACUCCUGGGGGUUCUCCUCAAUUUGGAGGAGUGUAACUUUCUACUUUGUUUAAAAUUGUUACCAACAGUUUUACUCCGGGUUAUCUGGUGGCACCGUGUCUGCCUGAGUUUUGUCUUGAUUGUUCCGGUUUUCCAGGGGCUGACUCGGAUUGUGGAUGCACUGUAAAUGACAUCCUACUGAUAUUCCAGAUGUGUGGCUCCUGAAACUGUUUUACUUUUCUUUAUUUGUUGUGCUUCUUGAUUAAACUUAUAUCAUUUAAGAUCACUUAUCUGAGCUGCUGUCGUCUCUAAUUGGACUGUUGACUAAUUUCUCCACUUCAGUCAUUACCACACUGCAGACAGAGUGAUCUUUUUAAUACAUGAAUCUGAUCUCAUCAUACUCUUGCUCAAAAGAAAAGCUAAUUAUUUUUCCUCGUAAAUGAUCACUCAUCAGCCUUAUCUAACUCAGUGCUUCCUCCAUAUCUGGGCACGGUGCUCUCCUUCUCCUCCCACUUGCAUCCAGCCUGUCAUCAGAUUCUAGCGCUUCUUUCUCAUGCCAUCUUGAAGUCUGAAUUCUACCAGGUCUUUAAAUGCCUCUCACCUAUGGUUUCAGUUAAGUUCUCUUUAAUCUUUUACAUUAAAUAUGUGAUGGAAGUAGGCAACAGUAUAUAAAAAGGUGACUUAAAAUUAUGAAAUGAUAGUUUUCAACCCCGUGAGGCAGGGAGAGGCAGACCUGGCAUCUAUCUCUUUCCUCUUCCGGCAGGGCACAAAUCCCAUCAGGGGGACUCUACUCUCUUGACUGUACCUAAACCCGAUUGUCUCCCAAAGGACACUGAUUCGUCAUCUCAUCACUUUGGGGAUUAGAGCCUCAACAUAAGAAUUUUAGGGUGACAAAUAUCCAUUCGAUCUAUAACAAACAUGUGUGCAUGUGUGCCUGUGCAGCAUACCCAGCAUGUGUUCAUUGCAGACUGGGCUUAUCAGUGUGCAUUCAGUUAGUAAACAUGUCCUGAACCCAGGACCUUGGGCCGUCAUGAGCCAACAGAUUGGGAAAAUGAAUGAUCAUUUUUUCUAAGAAUCCUUUGUUUAAGUUUCUUGAUAUUUUUUGCACAAGAAUACAUUUUGUCUUUCUUUCCUUUGCAUUUCUUUUCUUUUUUCUUUCAUUCAAAAUAGCUAACGUGACACCUAUGUUAGGAAGCAGCGUUGACCCCUGUUGUUUCAUCUCGUAGUGUGAUGACAGAUUCAUGUAGUGCUCUACCACUCUCUUGCCUCCCUGCCGGCAGGCACCCAGUUUGCUAAUCUAGUUGGUAGUGGGACAAAAGAACUCCAGAGGGAGUGAGAGCCAGGAUGCUGAAGCCAGCACGAUGGCACUUUGCUCUUGAGUUUCAGUCUUGGCCUCCAUGAAGUUCUUGUGAGUUGUAUCUCUUCUGCAGAGCUUCUAGCUCCCAGGUGUUCCACUGCUUUCUCAUGACAGGGUUUCAGCUACACGCUAAUGUGUGAAGGGGCUAUUAUACUAAUUAUCAUUUACUUAGGUUUUAAAACACAAUGUAGAUGGGGUAAGUAGACGUGCCAUUUGAGUUUUAAGAAUAAAAUGUUUCUCCCUAGAAACUGUAUAGUAUGUUUUGUCCAUAGCUUAGUUUCAAAAUGUAAUUAUUUAGCGCCUAAGGUAAUAGCCUGGUUUCUGAUUACAAGUGUUGGGUGUGAGUGGGUAAUGACUAAGGCUAUUAAUGUGUAAUAUGCAUAUAUAAAGUGAAAUCCCCUUGCUGUUGUUUUGGAGGGAAAAUCCAAUGCCAGUGUUGUCAGAUUUUAUAGUGUGAAGUUUUUAUUAGAAAGUAUGUAAUAUUUGACCCCAGUGUGUCUGAUUUUGAGUCCCACAACAGAGAACUAAUGAUUGUGUUAGAGUGUUUCUCUCCUUGUUAAAUGCAGACACGCUGUCUUUCACUAGCAGUUCUAACGACUUACCAGGACCAUAAGAGGGGAUGAAUGUCCCUUCCAUCACUAGAUGUCAUCCUUCAUAGUUUUAACAAAAUAGAGCUUAUUCUUGGAAAAUUCUGAAACCUACCACCUUGCUAAAUGUUAGCUGACCCAGACCAUUAAUUUGACAUCAGUGAAUAUUUUAUGUUACUCACAGUGUCUUUUAUUCUACAUGCAAAGAACUUUCCCGUCUUGCCUUUUAAUCCCUCCUCUCCCUGCUCCACCCUAAACUUUAAAAAGUAUGAUGUAAGAUUGGGUUGUUUUGUGCCAAGUUUUCAUCCUGGAACAGAUUUUUAUAGCCAUGUUUCCCUGAGAAAAGGAGUUUAUGACCAAAUGGUGAUAACACUUUCAUGUUCUCAUUUUUUUCCAUAACCUAGUACUUUUUCCUAACUUUAACUGUUUCAGAAUUUAGUAUGACCAAUUGUGUUUUAAACCUAAGGAAAAUUGUUUUGACAGUUUUGAAGGUCUUAUUAAUUGUAAUACUAUAUUGAGAUUCCUUGCAAAAACAGACUUAGAGAAUGUCAUUUUAUGUAUGUAUGUCUGUAUGUAGUUGGUAUCAGGAAUCGAACUCAGGACCUUGUGCUGUGCUGCUGAACUAUAUCCCUGGCCCAAGAAUGUCAUUUUAAAUUUGUAGAUUUUUUUUUGUUCAUAUAUCAAUUAAGCCCCUUGGAAUAUCUGUGUAGGCGUUAGAUAUUUCAGUAAUUGACCUUUAUUAUUUUCAUUGUUAGAAUUAUUUAUUUACAUUUUGAAUGGAUAAAGAGAUUGUGGCACACACACAUACACACAUGCGUGCAUGUGUGCACAAAUAUUAUUCAGCCAUGGGAAAGGAAAUAUUGCUUGGGGAUUUAGCUUAGUGGCAAGUGUGAAGUCCUAAGUUCAACUUCUGGUACCAAAAACAAAACAAACAAACAACAAAAACCCAAAAGUAGGAGCUGGGGAUUUAGCUCAGCGGCAGAAGCACCUGCCUUGCAAGCAGGCAGUCGUGAGUUCGAUCCCUGGUACCGAUAAAGAGGAAAAAGACAAAAAAAACCCCAAAAGUAAUAGUGCCGUUUGCAUGAAUAGUGUGGAGGAACAGGAGACUGGGAUGCCAAGUGAAGUAAGUCAGGCACAGAAAGAAAAGUGCCACAUUAUCUCACUUAUUAGUGGAAUCUUUUUAAAAAUGUCCAAUAUGUAGGAAUAGAGAAGAGAGUAAUGGUUGUCAGGGCAGGAAAAGCAAGACCAAAAAACAAAACAAAACAAACAGAAGAACCCCACUAAACCUAGAUUUUCUUUUUUUCUUUUCUUUUCUUUUUUUUUUUUUUUGAGACAGGGUCUCUAUGCAGUUCAGGCUGGCCUUGAGCUCACUUUGUAGCCCAGGCUGGUCUCAAACUUGAAAUGAUCCUCCUGCCUCAGCCUCCCCCGAGUUCUGAGAUUACAGGUGUGAGCCACCACACCCGGCUAGAUUUUCUAUUCAACCCAGCUAUUCUCCUUUUAAGUGUUUCCCCAAAAUAAUUAAAGAUGGCAACCGGGCAUGGUAAUGCACGCCUGUAAUCCCAGCACUCAGAGGCUGAGGCAGGAGAAUCAUUGGGAGUUUAAACCAGCCUGGGCUACAAAGUGAGCUCAAGGCCAGCCAGAACUGCAUAGAGAGAUAAGAAAAAAUUUAAGAUUCCCCCCUAGUCCAUUUUAUUUCAAGGAGAAAAAGAAAAAAGAAAACUAAAAUGAAAUUUCAAAACAUCAUUCGGGGGCAACAGUGGUACAUACAUUGCGUAUUGUCGUCACCAAAUCAUUCCCCAGGGCACAAUACAUCUGCAUUCAAUUGUCUGAACAAUGCCCGCACAAAUCUUUCUCUUCAGUGAAGUCAGAAAUCAGUAGUAUAACUGUCUUGACUAUAUUUAUAUAUAUAUGUUGUUUUUUUUCAACAUCUCACAUGGAGACAAUACAUGUGUAUCUUAUUUCACUAAUGAGUAUGAUCUCAAAUUGCACCCAAUUAAUUGUAAAAGUCUCCAGUUUAUCAUUCUUUAUGGCUGAGUAGUACUCUAUUGUAUAAAAAUACCACAUCUUUUUUAUUCAUUCCUCAGUUGAUGGCCCGUAGAUUGUUUCCAAAAUCUGGCUAUUACAAAUUAUGCUGCUAUCUAAAUAUGGGUGACAUGUAUUGCUAUGGUAUAAUGUUUUUAAUUCUUUUGGGAGGAUUCCCAGAAGGGGAAUAGCUGGGUCUAAUGGGGCAGCUGGGCCUAGUUUUUUGAGGACUCUCCACACUGAUUUCCACAGUGGUUGCAUCAGUCUGCAUUCCCACCAACAGUGGUGAGGGGUUCCUUUUCCCCCACAGCCCCUCCAGCAUUUAUUAUUGCUUGAUUUCUUGAUAUUAGCCAUUCUUUCUGGGGUGAGGUGGAAUCUUAGUGUUGUUUUAAUUUGCAUUUCUUGAAUGAUUUCUCUUGAACAUUUUUUUGCAUAUUUAUUUGUUGUUUGUACUUCUUCAUCUGAGAAGUCUGUAUUUAUCUCAGAUGCCCAUUUUUAAAAUCUGGCAGGGUUGAUUUUUUUGAGUUCUUUAUAUGAUCUCCCUAGUAAUUCUUUGUCUGAGAAAAAGCUGGCAAGCAUUUUCUCCCACAUUGUGGGCUGUCUCUUCACUCUGGUGGUGGUUUCUCUUGCUGUGCAAAAGCUUUUCAAUAGGACAAGAUCCCAGUUGUUGAUUCUUUGUGAUAGUUUCUGUGCAAUUGAGAUUUUGUUCAUAAAGUCUUUGCUUACACUAAUGUCUUCAAGAUAUCUACUCUCUAUCUUCCAGAAGAUUCAAUGUUUCUGUUUUAAUAUUAAGAUCUUCAAUCCAUUCUGAUUUUAGCUUGAUACAUGGUGAAAGAUCUGAGUCCAGUUUUGCUCUUCAGCUUGUAUAGAGCCAGUAUUUCCAGCACCAUUUAUUUAAAGAGGCUAUCUUUCUUCAAAUAAAUGUGUUUGGCACCUUUGUCAAAGAUGGGUGGCUUAGUGUGUCUAGAGUUGUUUCUACAUCUUCUAAUCUAUUUAACUGAUCUUUGGAUUUUUUUUUUUUUUUUUUUGCCAGUACCACAUUGUUUUUAUCACAGUAUCUUUAUAGUAUAAUUUCAAGUCAGGGAUUAUGAUGCCCCUGUCUUAUCUUUGUUGCCCUAGGUAGUUGUCAUGGUUUAUGUUGGUGGCCCCCAGGCCUCAUGCAUUUGCAUUGUACAUUUGUGAUUGGUUGAUUGUCUAGCACUGGAUUGGGGGUGUGAGUGCUACACUGGCCUAGGGGUGGAGCCAGGAUGUAAUGUAAUGGCAGGAAGAAGGUGUGUCUGGCUCUCUUGCCCAUUUCUGCCUUGCUGUUUGCAGCUGCCAUGAACUGUGGCCCUGCCUUGGAGCCAGCUGAGUAUGGACUGAAACCUCCAAAAACUGUAAGAAAGAAACCUUUCCUUUCCCACCUUGAUGCAUCAGGUAUUUUGUCUCAGCGACGAGUAAAACAUAACUAAGACAGUUGUCUUUGCUGUUCUAGGUCUUUUCUGGUUCCACAUGAAUUUUAGACUGGUUUUCUGUUAAUUCUGUAAGACAUGCUAUUGGAAUUGUGAUUGAGAUGACAUUGAAUCUUGUCUUAGUUAUUUUUUGCUCGUUGUUGAGACAAAAUACCUGACACUCAAAGAUAGGGGAGGAAAAUACAGUUUUUGGAGGUGUUAGUCUAUAUUUUGUUGGCUUGCAGGCAGUGUGGCUUGGCAGGGCAGACAUUUAUGGCUGGUGCAUACAGCAAGAGAAAGCAAAAGAGAAAGGCUGCCCUUCUCUGGCCAUUACACUGGCUCCACCCCUGGGCGGGUGAAACACUCAUACCACCAAUCCGAGCGCUAGACAGUGGACCAAUCACAAAGGCUAGACUUAGUUAAUUCUUUGACUGAAUGAGGCUUUGAAGAAACAUUUAAAUAAACCACAACAAAUCUCUGGAAGAUUGGCCAUUUUCACUAUAUGGUUUUUUCCCACCCAAGAACACAGGAUAGCUCUCCAUUUUCUUUUCUUUUAAUUUAGAGAGAAUAAAACCAAACAAAAUAAAACAGAAUAAAGCCAAUUAAAACAAGACAGUGUGACACAGUAUUUAAAAUAAGAUAAUAGGAAAUCAAGAAUUGUUACCAUAGUGCCUCUUCUUGUCUUCAAAAUAGCUGCCUGUAGCUUCAGACAUAGUAAAAUCAAACAAAAUAGCAAUAGAACAGAGCCAAUAAGAACAAAACAGUGAAUGCAACACAGGACUUCAAAACAAGAUAAUAGUAAAUCCAAAAUGACUACCAUGGUAUAUCUUAUUAUCUUCAAAAUAGAUGCCCAUGCCAUCAGAUAACAACAAAAUCAAAUAAGAUAAAACAGAAUAAAACCCAACCAAACAAAACAAUGAGAGUGAUACAGGAUUUCAAAACAAGAGAAUAGGGAAUUAACAAUGGCCACCACCUUCAGAAGGAGAUCCUUCAUUGUUAUCCUCUGAAUAGAUGAUCAGAUUUUGGCGUGCAAAGUUAGGGAAACACUAAACACUACAAGCAUUGUUUUAUUCUACCUCAUUGGCUAUCAUCACAGCUUGUGUUUCUCCAGGUCGGGCAGCUGCUUACAGAAGAGGGUGGAAGGCAGAGGAGGAGCAUUGGUGGUUCUUGUCUUCCAGAAGGGGCUGGUCAGCCUGCACAUGGCUCUGACUCACAGGCGGCCUUGCUUCUGUUGACUUCUUGUUCUCCUCCCCCGCAGUCCACAGAUGGUGCCAGUUCACAGGGGAGGGCUGACGUCUGCGUCUCCCUCAGUCAGCCCAUACAUGGCCCCGACUGAGAAGAGUUCUUAGCUUCUUGUUGAGUUCUUGUUCUCGUAGCUUUCCAUUUUCUACUGCCCUCUUCAUUGUCCUUUUUCAGAGUACUAUAGUUUUCAUUGUAAAGGUCUUUUAUCUCCUUUGUUAGAUUGAUUCCUAGGUAUUUUAUUUUUUUGGAUGCUAUUAUAAAAGGUGUUGUUUCCCUGAUUUCUCUCUCAGGGAGUUUGUUAUUUGUAUACAUGAAGGCUAUUGAGUUUUCAGUGUUGACUCUGUAACCAGCUACAUUACUGAAUUUGCUUAUUAAAUCUACAAGACUUUUGGUGGAGUUUUUGGGGUGUUCUAAGUAGAAUAGCAUGUCACCUGCAAAUAAUGACAAUUUAAUUUCUUCCUUUCCUAUCUUAUUCCAUUUAUUUAUUUAUAUUGUAUAAUUGCUCCAGCUAAAGUUUCCAGGACUAUGUUGAAUAAGAGUGCAGAUAGUGGGCAUCCUUAUCUUGCUACUAGUUUAGAGAAAAAACUUUCAGUUUUUGUGCAUUUAGUAUGAUGUUGGCUGUUGGUUUGUCAUAGAUCGCUUUUAUCAGAUUAAGAUAAAGACCAUCUAUUCCCAUUCUCUGUACUUUUUUAUCAUAAAUGGGUGCUACACUUUGUCAGAAGCUUUUCUGCAUCUAUUGAGAUGAUCAUAUGAUUUUUGUCCUUGGCUCUGUUAAUAUAAUGUAUUACAUUUAUGGAUUUACAUGUCUUGAACCACUCCUGCAUCCCUGGGAUGAAUCCCACUUGAUCAUGGUAUACAAUUUUCUUGACAACUUGCUGCAAUCUAUUUGCCAAUAUCUUAUUGAGCAUUUUGCAUCAAUGUUCGUUAGGGGAAUUGACCUCUUUCUUAAUUGGAUCUUUCUCUCGUUUUGGUAUCAGGAUAAUGCUUGCUUCCAGAAGUGAAUUUGGAAAUAUUGCUUCCCUUUAAAUUUCAUUAAAGAGUUUGAAAAGUAGUAGUGUUAGGUUUUCUCUAAAUUUCUUGUAGAAUUCAGCAGUGAAUCUGUCAAGGCCUGGGCUUUGUUUGCUGAUAUGUUUUAAAUUACAUCUUUGUUUUCAUUUAUUAAUAUUGGAUUAUUUAGGAUUUUAUGUCUUCUUGGUUCAGCUUUCUUAAUUCAUAUGUAUCUAGGAUUCUGUCCAUUUCUUCUGUAUUUUCUAUCUUAUUAGAAUACAAGCUUUCAAAGUAGGUAUAGAUGAUCUUCUGAACUUCUGUAAGGUCCAUUGUGAUUUCACCCUUUUCAUUACUAAUUGUGUGAAUUUGAGCCUUUUCUUUCUUUCUUUUUUUUUUGGUAAGUUUGGCUUAGGGCUUGUCAAUUUUAUUUAAAGAACCAACUCUUCAAUUCAUUGAUUCUUUGUAUUUUGUUUUUAGUCUUCUGAGUGUUAAUUUCUGCUCUGUUCUUUAUAAUUUCCUACCUUGUAUGAUCUUUUGACUUAGCCUGCUCUUCUUUUUCUAGAAGUUUGAGGUUCAACAUUAAGUUGUUUGUAUGUACUUGCUGUUUUCCUGAUACGGGUAUUUACUGCUAUAAAUUUCCCUCUUAAAACUGCUUUCAUUGUUUCAUACAAGUUCCAAUAUGUUGUGGUGUUGUUAUCAUUUGACUGUAAAAACUAAUUUCUUCUUUAAUUUCAUCUGUGACUCACUGGUUGUUCACUAGGGUGCUUUUUAACUUCUAUGUGUUUAUGAAGUUCCUGUGGUUUCCUCUGGAGUGGAUUUCCAGUUUCAUUGCAUUGUGGUCUGAUAGUAUGUAUGGAAUAAUUUUAAUUCCUUUACAUUUACUUAAGCAUAUUCUAUGAGCCAGUAUAUGAUCUAUUUUGGAGAAUGUUCCAGGUGCAACUGAGAAGAAUGUGUACUCUGUUGUAGGGUGGAACACGUUAUAGACAUCUACUAAGUCCAUUGGUUCUAAAGUUUGAUUUAGUUCUAGUAUUUCAUUACUGAUUUUUGUCUAGUUGAUCUGUCUUUUUGUGACAGUGGGGUAUUGAGGUCUCCUAAUACAAUUGUACUAGGGCUUAUUUGACUUUUCAUGUCUGUUAGUAAUUGUUUUAUAUAGUUGGGUGCACUGGUAUUUGUUGCAUAUAUAUUUAUGAUAUCUCCUCCUCUUGGAUUGUUCCCUUUACAAGGGUGUAUAGUGAUCUUCUUUCUCUCUUAAGUAGUCUUGCCUUAAAAUUACUUUGUCUGCAAAUAGAAUAGCUAUUCCUACUUUUCUCUGGGUUCUUGUUGCAUGAAGUUUUGUUUUCCAUCCUUUGACUUUUCAGUCUAUGAGUUUGUUUUUGAAUUAAAUGUGUUUCUUGUAUGCAGGAUAUUGUUGGACCUUGCUUCUUGAUCCAUUCUGCCAAUCUAUGUCUUUUGAUUGAUGAAUUGAGACCAUUAACAUUGAUGUAUGCAACUGAUAUGUAUUGACUUAUCCUUGUCAUGUUUUUUCCUAUUGUUGGCUCUCCCUUUUUUUGACCUCCCUCUGUUUGCCUUCUCAGGUGCAUUCCUUCUGCUGGAGUCCAUGGAGCAGUAGUCUUUAUUAUCUCUUUUUAGAAUGUCCUUCAAAAUUGACAUUUGGGAGUACUGGUUUCGUGAUUAUAAAUUUCCUCAGAUAUUCUUUGUCAUGGAAGUAUCUUAUUCUCCAUAGUUUUGUAGGUACAUCACUUGGGAUUGAAAGUUGUUUUCCUUUGCAAGUUGGAAUACUUCACUCCACGCUGUCUUUGAUUUGAGAGUUUUUGUGCUGAGAAGUCUGCUGUGAUUCUGAUGGGCUUUCCUCUAUAGGUGAUUUGUUUCUUUUCUCUAACAGCUUUUAGGAUUGUAUUCUUGUGUUGGAUUUCUGGAAUCUUGACUAUGUUAUGCAUGACUAUUAAUUUUUUUUGAUCACUGCUAAUUUGAGUUCUAUGUACCUUUAAUCUGCAUGCCAAGUUCUUUUUCUCUACCAGGAAAGUUUUUUGUCAGAAUGUCUGUUAACAUUUUUUAAUGUCAUUUGUGGUAUCUCCUGCUUGUUCAUUUACUCCAAUUAGUCUUAAGUUAUUCUUCUUUGUCUCAUCUAGUAGCUUUUGGAUUGAUUUCCUUGCUGUUUUUGAGAAAUUUUUGUUUUCCUAGUUGCUAACUGCAAGCCUGUGUUCAACAUCUGAGAUCCUGUCCUCACACUGGCUGGAUCUGAUUCAAAUGCUUUUGAUCUAGUUUUUAUUCUCCUGGCUAUGUGCUUGAAUCUGCUUUAUGGAUUCCAUUUCUUUCCUGUGCUCAUCUUUAAUUGGCUUAAACUGGUCUGUUUUUUGGUCUGUGUCUGUUCUAACAUUGUAAGAAUGGUGUGUAUUUUGGUAAUCCCUGUAGUUAUCUGAGAGAUUGUUUCUGAUUUCAUUUUUUCCCAGAGCCUCAUUCAGUUGCUUUGUUGUUACCAGGUCAGAUAGGCCUGCUGGGGGCUUCCAGAUUGCCCCACCUCAUUGCCCCCUGGAUUUGCCUUUGGUGAACUGGUUAUCUGAGGUUACAUUUUGCUUAAGUGUCUUCUCAUUUUAUUUUCUUUCUUUUUUUUUUAAUUCCCCCCUCCUUUUUUUUUUUUUUUUUUUUGUUUAAUCCCUGGGUGGUGCCUAUAAAUUGCCUGUGGUGGGUUCCUUUAUUGGUAAUGUUUAGGACCCUUCAGUGAUGAUUACUUCUCUGAGGUAUCUUCCAGGUUUUUGGUUUUUGAGUCUGUUGGAAGAUCUUACCUCUUUGGGUUGUUGGAGAUGAAAAGUUGUUGCUUGUUUGGCCUAGUCCCUGAGUCUUUGGUACUGUGCCAUCAUAUUUUCUGUGACCUUUAGUUAAUCUCAGUCAUGUAAUACCAAGAUCAACAGCUGUGAAGGACAAUUAUGUCAAUUUUGGCUAUAAUGGUACCAGUACCACUAUACACACUAAACACAGCCUAGAAAACAAGAAACUGAGCUAACCCUUAAUUUGCAACUUUAACUGUAUCAACUGCGUUUUUGAUUAUAUAAAAAAUGUAAACCAGAUAAUUAUAUGCAAUAUGUAAGUCUAUAAUAUGUCAAUUUUGCCCUUGAGCAUUCAAAUUUAAAAUGGAUUAAGGAGAAAAUAAAGAAGGGGAAGAAGAGAAAGAGAUAAGUAGGAUUGGAAGACAAUGGGGCAUCACAGCAACCUGGAGAAACUGGUGCAGAAGACUGAAGGAAAAGAGAGGUGAGAGAGAUAGAAGAACAGAAGAGAACCCACAAAGAGGUGAGCGACCACUUUCAUGCUCAUAUAAAGCAAUGAAGGAGAAAGAGAAAAAUGAAAAAGACCAACAGUCCACUUUCAGAAUUCUCUUUGGUUUCACUAGUAGACAACCUGUGGAGACAGUCCCAAGUCAUCCCGACAAGGCAGCAGGUUUUUGUUUGUUUUUGGUUGGGGAGUAGGUGACUCUGCGACCUGCCCUGAGACCAGACUCAUGGAGCUUGUUGCAGUCCAGCAGUGUGCACAGGUCUGCGCCCAGCUGGGGGCUGCUAGACGCAGCUGGCAGCAGUCCUGGGUUCUGAGCUCAGCCGGCCCAUCUCCGAGAUGGCUCCCGGCUGUCAGCAGUGCCGUGCUCCACGUCCGAGGCUCCCCUCCACUGCUGCGCUGCGUCUCUGCGGAGGCCUGCAGGGUCACCAGCCAUCACCGUCACUGUGACCAUGUGUCCCCCACUUUGAACAGCUCCCCUCCUGCAGUGAGUCCCGUCUCAGGGCAAAGGCACCUCUGGCUGCUUCUUCCUUAAGUUUCUCUUUUCUCUCUCUCUCUGUAGAUUGCAGUUCACACUUCAGAUUCUUCCUGGCUCUAGGGGACCCACCUCCUUCCUUCUUGUCUUCCUCUCGAUGCUAUUCCAGCAUCUGCAAGAUGACUGCCAGAGAGGCUGUUUUCUCCACUGCUUACUGCCCACCAUCUUCUCGGAAGUACAGAAAAUUACUUACAUAUAGAGAAAAUUAUUUAUAAGCAAGGGAGUAAUACCCUGCCAUAGAGAGGAUAAACUUGAGUCAUUUGUAGGAAAAUAGAUGCAGUUUGAGACUGUAAUGAUGAGUGACAUAAACUGGAUAUACAAGCUUAGUUGAUUUUUGAAAUAAAAAGAAUAGGAAACAGAGAGAUAGGGCUUUGGCCGGUGGGAAGAGGAUGUAGAGAAGGAGGAAAAGACGAGAGGAGGGAGGGGGAGUGAAGAGAAUGAAGGUGUGUCCCUGCUCCCUAAGAUGAGUGUAAGCAGUGUGCACUGUAAACAUGUACUAGCAGAAAAUUUAAAAAGCAGCAAAAGGUAAGAAAGUGGGGAGAAGUGCGUUAGAAGGCACAAUCUUGCAGUUACACGGGACGAAUAAACUUAGGGAUCCAAGUGUCGCACAGGACUGUGGGGAAUGCUUAGGUGUGUGUGCUGCAGGAGCUUCCUUUAUUUUCUGAAUGCACUUCCCCUUCCCUUCACCCCCCUUCCCUCUUCUAAUUCCUCUGUCCCAGUUUUCAUUGUAGUUGAUAGCAUUAGUCUUGGCUCAUGCUAUGACAUAUAAGACUUACAUUAAUUGAGAUCAUCAGGUUCCUGUACGUGGCAUUUCUUUCUUCUUCCUUCCUCUUUCUCUCCUCACUUCUCACCUUGUUCCCUUGGUCCUUUCUCCUAUUGUAAGAGAUCCAUCCUCUUGUCCUCUUCUAGCCAUCCUUUGUUAUUCUCCUCGGUUACAUUUUGCCUUACUCAAGUGGGAGGUAUCAUAUGAUAUUUAAGCUUGUGUGUUUCAUUUAUUUCACUCAACAUAUUUUUCAGGUGUAUUCAUUUCCCUACAAAUGUCUUAAAUUUGUCAUUCUUUGUAGCCAUGUAGCAUUCCAUUUUAUAUGGACACCAUAUUUUCUUUAUCCAAUCAUCUGUUGAUGGGUAUACAGACCUUUUCCAGGACUUAGCUAUUACAAGUUAUGCUGCUGUAAACAUUGUUGGGCAUAGAGUGCUGUAGGAGGAUGUCUUAAGUCUUUGGAGAAGAUACCUAAAAGGGGGAUAGCUGAGUCCUGUGGGAUUUCUAAUUUUGGUUUUUCGAGAAGUCUUCAUACUGAUUUCCAUAAUGGCUGUACCAUUUCACAUUCCCACCAGUGAUGUAGGAGGGUUCUUUUUUCACCACAGCCAAGCCAGCAUUUGUCACUGUUUGAUUUCUAAAUGAUUGCUGUUCUUUCCAGAGUUAGGUAGAAUCUGAGUUACAUUAAUUUUCAUUUCUCUAAUGGCCAGAGAUGUUGAAUGUUUUUUCAAAUAUUUGUUGACAUUUAUAUUUUUUUACUCUGUGAAAUGUCUGUUCAUUUCUCUUGCCCAUUUCUUGAUUGGGUCCUCAAUUUUAGGUGAUUUAAUUUUUUUGAGUUCCUUGUAUAUUCUAGAUAUUAAUCCUGAGGAGUAGAUGGUAAAGUUUUCCCCCAUUCUCUCUUCUGAUUUAUUCUUUUGUUGUAACAAGAUACAAAAUCAUUACACAAAAAUCAUUGCCAUUUGUGUACACAAAUAAUAAACUCAGUGAGAAGGAAACUGUGAAAAUGAUACCAUUCACAGUAGCUUGAAGAACAAUGAAACACCUAGGAAUUUACCUAACCAAGAAGUAAAAGACCUGUACAAAGAAAACUACAGAACUCUGAAGAGGAUUAAAGAGGACGUCAGAAAGUAGCAGGAGGUCCUGUGCUCCUGGUGAGGCAGAACCAGGAUCGUCAGAAUGGCGGACUUCCAGGCCUGCCUUGCAGAUCCAUUGACUGUCAUCGCCUCGUACAAGUUGUAUUUUCUGUUUGUGUUUUAGUGACACCUACCCUCAACAUGUCCCAAAGGAAAAUAUGCUGUGGCUGAAAUACGAAAAUUUCACCUCAAAUUUAAGUUUUAUUCAAAUAUAAUUCACAUACAACUCACCUAUUUAAAGUGAAUAUUUCAGUGGUUUUUAGUAUAGUCACAGAGUUGUACAGGUAUCACUGUAGUCAAUGUUAGAACAUCUUUACCACCUCAAAAAAGAAAUCACACCCCAAUUAGCAGCCAUCCUGUUUUCUCUACCCAUGGCAACCACAAAUCUACUUUCUGACUUUGCCUGUUCUGGACAUUCCAUAUAAGUGGAGUCAUACAAUAAAUGUGACUUCUUCCUGUUUUCAGGGUUUUAAGGUUCAUCAUGCUUUGGCACAUAGCUCUGUUUCACUCAUUUUUAAUGUGGAACAGUACACCCACAGCAUGUGUGUGUGUAUACAUAUCAAUUGCAUUUUAUUUAUCAGUUCAUCAAUUGAUGGACAGUUGUGGUUUUUCUACUUUUGUCAAUUACAAAUUAUGCUGUUAUGAAUACUGUAUUCAGGUUAGAAAUUUUCAUAUGUAUGUUUUAAUUCCUUGAGAGGCAUACCUAUUUAGAUCUUUAGCUCAUUUUUCAUUGGGUUGUUAUUAUUAUUGAGUUGUAAGACUUCUUUAUAUAUUCUGGAUACUAGACCUUUGUUAGAUAUAUGAUUUGCAAAUGUUUUCUCCCAUUCUGUAUACUAUCUUUUUAUUUUCUUGAUGUUAUCCUUUGAAGUGAGCUACUAUUCUUAAACUUACUUGUUGAAGUUCCUUUGACUUAAUGUUUUUGUCUCCUUCUCACAAGUUACUGAUAUAUUUCCCAUGUGUAUAUUCAACAUUUCCUACAUUGGAUCAUUCAUGUCUCUGAAUUAAGAUCCAAAUUGCUAUUUCUUGUAACAAUACAGAUUACUAAUCUAAAAUAAUUAUUACAGGAUUCGUAUUUAGAACAAAUAACUCUUUACAAUUAAUAAAGUGGCAAAGCAUUCAAUAGAAAAAUGGACAAAAGAUAUGAAAAAGCUGCACACAGAAGGAAGCGUGGGUCACUAAUAACAUCAGAUCAGAUGUGCCGCUUUGAGCCUUGGAAAGCUGGUGGCUGGAACUGCGGAGUGACUGGGUGCUGCUUAGAUUCUGGGGGCCUGAGGCUUAGCAGGGUUUUAAUUGGAACUAGAAGGCUUAAGCAGACCUCCAGCCCCAGUGGAUCCAUUGCUGAUCCUAUCUUGGCUCUUGAUCUCCAGAACCAUUAAAUAUAUCAAAGUUUUCGCAUUUCUAGGAAUUUUAAGAAAAAUCAAUACAGGAUUUUUUCAUUAGUUCAGUUUAGAAUUAGAGCUUAAACCUUCCAAAGAUUUAGAGCUAGGUUUUCUGACUUCAGCAGAUUGUUCUGGACCCAGAGUUUGACUAAAAGCAGGACAAAGAAAGAUCUAGAGGUUCUGCCUACUGUAGGCCUAAAAAUUUGGAGCCUUUUUCUGGAAAAAAUUAGGGCCUUUACACUUAAUGACGGUGCUUAAUGCUUGCGUGUAAGACAGAACAUCUACAGUAGCUGCAGAGAGAAAGAUAGACCUACACGUACCCUGACCGUUAGCCAAAGACUCUGAACCUCAAGGUUCAGAUAGGCACCAGCCCAGGUUUACCCUGCAAGCCUCUCAGUAGAGCCUCUGUUUACCUCUGCUUUUUGAGCACUGGCUUGUCUUAAAAGUUAAAGUUGUUUCCUUUUGAAAAAUCAUUUUAAAUACUCUUUGGAUCAUUUGCUUAUUUAAGUCUAUAAUCUUGUGAUACUGACUAAAGAGGUAAAACCUGUAAAAGCAUUACUUGGUUGUUUGCCCCUUUUUGUUUUGUUUCGUUUUGUUUUUAAAGAAGAAAGAACAAGUGAUAAAUGCAUUAAAAUUAUGACUUUUUCCCACUAGGGAAUUUUUUCAGUAGUAAGACACGUUUCUCAAUGUAGGUGUUACAUUCAUCUUGUUGGAUAGUUCUGUCCUUUGCUGUGCGGGGCAUUGGGCAUCCUUGCCCCUUGUGUGCUAUGUAAGUAACCCCUGUAGCUGAGACCACAUCUAUGUCUCUGUACAUUUCCAUAUCCCUGUGACGAGGUCUUAGUACCCCAACUGAAAAAGAAGAUAUAAUACCUUCUUUUUCUUGGAGUACAUUGAUGGUAAACUGAAUACCUUACUAGGUUGUUUGAGGAUUUUAUUUCUGUUCUUAGAAGCGAUUUCUAGGGACCCCAGGCAUACUUUACUCUUGUUCUGUGAUUAUUGGCCCAGUACUUUCAGAUCAAGAUCUCAACUCUUAAGAGUGUUGUGUACUGAAGUGACAGUGGUGUGUGCUCAGCCUGGCACGCUUUAGAUCCGACUCCCUUUCCCUGGCCCCUUCUCUGAUAUGGUGCCCUUCAGAUGGGCUCCCAGAGGCAUCUGCUUUGAUGCUGCAAUACGAUUACUAAGGCUGUUUUUAAGCUUAUUAAUUUUUUCAAGUGUGGGCAGCUCCCCCACUAAUAAGUUACAUUCCAAAUUGUAUGUGUAGGUUGGUUAUUUGGACUCCGGAACAUGUUUUGCCAUGGAAACCAUUUAGUACAUAGUUAGGUUACCAAGGAAACUAGAGGUACUGGAGCUCAUCAAGCCAUAUUGCCUCCUAACCACAUUUUGAGGGAUGUAACCCAGCCUUUUUUCUUUCUCUUUGGUGGCUGUCAGUUGUACACCUCACCUGGAGAGGAGAUGGCUAGGAUCCAGCUAUGUUAGACUGGACUCACUUAGUUCACCUAAUACAAAUGCAUACACGAGGAGCCUCAAAGGUCCAGUCUGAUCUGCUUUCAGGAAAGAGGAGUGCAGGGCACACCAAGCCCAGUUGUCACUCACAUCUAACUGUUACCUGAACAGCUGUGAGUAACUGCCCCUCACUGUGUCCAGUACUCGCACCUCAUCUCAGGGCCAGGGGAACAGGCACCAGCGUGGGCUUUCCUCCUCCUCAUGUUUCCAAGUCUCCUUGCAGUAAGUGAUCAUCCCCCGGUAGCCUUACGGAUCUGCGAUCACCUGUAGAAAUCCAUGCAGCUCAGACUGGCAUAGGGCCUGUGCAAAAAACCCUGUUAACCUUGUGAUCUCGGCUCGUCAGUAUUAACAGCAAGGCACUUUGGUGUGAUAGACGAGUAACAUGUAACUCGUUCUAGUGAAGACAGGAAUUAAGAACUCUAGCCCAUCGUACUGUACUAUACUGUACUGUACUAUCGGGUACUAUACUAUCUAAAGACAAGGAGUAGAAAUGGUUACAGCAUUGUUAUUGUUUUAAUUGCAUGUUUCUGGAAUUAAGCUCAAUGUAAGUUAGUAUUGUGUAUGUUUCUAACCAGAGCCUGUUCUCUUGGCAUAAUCGGGUGUGGUCUACCUGCUGAGUACUGGCCACAUUGUCCUCAGCCCUCAGGUGCUACUUCUUUGGAACCUUGGCUUUGUGUCCUCCCAGUUGGAGUAAUGGCUUCCAUCCUCUGCCUUGUCAUUGUACUUUGGGGCCUCCUUAUCCUAGUGUUUCAUUCCGUAUCUUUGUAUGCUGGCUAAGUAAUAAUUUAAUUUUACACUUCUGCUUUAUAGAGUGCAUUCUCAGUGAUUACCUUUGCAGACUUGAUAGGGAAUGCAUUGUCGUCCCUAUUUUUUGCAGGCUAGGUAGGGUGUGCAUGUCUUCAUCUCUAUUUUCCACAGUUAAAAGUAAUACCUGGCUACCUUACACACUUGCGUAUUCUCAUAACUAGUCCCAGCAGAUCUGGAGUGAAAGAGAGUGUAGGCUUCUUGUGAGGCUUGCAUAAAUCCCACCACAUGCUUCUACCGCUGCUGUUUUCCUAGGUUCUGCUUAUGCAGAGGUGAGUGGUUGUUGAUUCUUAUUUUAGUGCUCAGCCUCUCUUAGGGAGAACUAACCUCUCGAGCUGCUUUAGUCAACGUUCAGGGCACUUUGGCACAUUCUUCUCUUCAGCAAAUUGGCAUCUUAGGACAAGCUCAUGCUGUAGCAUAUUUAUUAGUGAAUUGGUACCUUUGCAUAUUUUAUAAAGUGAAUGAAUGCCUGCAGGUAUUUGUCUUGAUAGUUAAUAAUCACAUUUUGUUUUAUAUAGUGUCUUUUCAUCCAAAGUGUAUAUUAUCUUCCAUUAUACAGAGGAGGCUGGUUAAAUUAUGUGUUUAAAAUUUAACACGGUCGAACAUGGUAGUGUGUGCCUAUAAUCCCAGCACUUGGGAGGCUGAGGCAGGAGGUUCAUGCUGAGUUCAAUGCCAGCCUGAAGUAUGUAGUGAGACCCUUUCUCAAAAAACCAAAAAAGAAAAAAAAAAAAAAUCCAACGCAGCAGAAGUGGGAAGAAGGGAACAGAUUUCUCUGAGGCAUUCCUGUGAACCAGGCACUAUGUGCUUUACAUGUAUGACUUCAUUUCAUCUUUGCAAAAAGUGUAGGAAGUAGCUGAUGCUUUACAUUUUGUAAGUGAGGAAAUUGUGUUUCAGACAAGCUAAGUAACCUACGCUACAAGUGAAAAGCAGAAAGGACACUGAAAUCUGGCCCUGCCUGAUUCGGAGGCUCGUGCUCCGUAUUCUCUCCCACUUGGCUUCCUCUUGCCAUUUGCAGAGCUUAUAGUAAAAAACUGAAGAGUGCCGGGGACACAUGGCGACACGGAGGGAAGAGGGAAAGCUGGAGUGCUGCCACUUCUUCUUCCUGACAACAGCCAGAAGGGGUGAACUCACUCUUUCUCCUUCCUCUCCAGAUCAUGGAAUUGCUGAUGAGCGCUCCGAUGGUUUUAAGUCUGAACUUGUAACCAGGCUGAGCUAAGAUACACUAACGGAACAGUCUGUGGCACUUGCUGCCUGUGAAAGGAGGACCUGUUCACAGACGUCCCGCUGCUGAGCAGUUAGAAAGCCGGGGAAGAACCGCGCUGCCCUUGCGGGAGGCAGUGAGGCUGGGAAGGAGCAGCUGAGGGAGUCGAGAGCCCGUGUCCCGGGCCUGUGUCCUCCUUCGUCCCCAGGCGUGGAACAGUGGGAGUAGGUUCCCUCGCCCUCCCUGGAGUCUGCCCUGUAAGACGCAGGAACCGACCUGGACCCUCCCAGGGUCUGAACCUUCUUUCUUUAUCUUUAAGGAAUGUGUUAUUUUUAAAGAAUCUUUUAAGACUGAGACAGUGAUGAGCAAUCUCUCACCGCCCAAUGUCCUUGUCAGUGUUUGACAGGAGCCUUAGGGCUAACGGCUGCCAGAGGUCUCCCUUGUAAAGAAAGCAGCGCCCAGCAGAAGGCGGUAUUGUAGUCAGAAGACCCUGGGCAUUGGUGGGGAGCAGGCAGGGCCUUUGCAGAUGCCUGCGACUUUUGGCUUUGUUCCGUAAGUUCUAAAAGGAUCCCGUGAGGUUUUGUAUUCCUCUGAGACACUGUGUCUGCAGCUCUGCAGUGACUCAGGCCGUGUUCACGGCUCCACGCUGCAGCAGCGCGGCUGCUCUGGGCACCGAGGAGCUGGGACGGAGAUGGCGGCGUCCUUCUCUGCUGCACAGUCAUGUCUUCCUGCGGCUCCUGCCGAGCUAUAGUUAGUAACUGAUUACUAAUAUCCAGAUAAUUCACAGGUGAGUAUAAUUUAGAGCAAGAUAAUCAGAAAUGCUUUCAAUAAAAUUUGGUCCCUUCCUUGACAAAUUAAAAAUUUUAGAUUGGUUGCCUGAUACAUCUCCUGAUUUCCCUAAACAGAAACUUUAGUUCAAACUUUUCUUGGAGAGAAUGUCUAGGCCCUUCUUGAGUCAGCAGCUGCCUUCCAGGAUUCGUAGUCUCCACGCAGACUUUCUCUCUUUUCAUGAGCACUGACACCUCGCCAGGAGGGCAGGUUUAUAUGAUGGGCUGGCUGGAUUAUUUACUAGGCGCCACAAAAAUGUAACAAACCUCAUCUGCUAGGGACUGCUUUUAUUUUUAAAGAAUGGUUUUUAAAGGAGUGAUUGAAGUGAAUGUAUCAUGUCAGAAUAGCUGAGUUUCCUGAGGGUGUGUUUUCCUGAGAAAUUGAAGCUGUCCGACAGUACCUGUAUUACCAUAGCAUUGUCCCUCCACUGUCCCACAAGACCACAGCAGAAACUGAGCCGUCCACCUUGCUAAGGUUCCAGAUUCUUGAAUUAAAUAACUUGUGAUAAAAAGCCACGUGCUCCAAGGGUUUGGGGGCACAGCUCCUCUGCCUGGGCCCCCUGGAACUGCCUUGUGGUACGCAGCAGGGCUUUGGAGCCUUAUGCUGUGCUCAGAGGACCUCCUUGAGUCCAGCUAUCGAGCACUUUGCUGUGCUGAGGGCAGCUUUUAGCUCUUCCAGUGGUGUCAACACAAACUUGGAUUUUUUGCUCUGCCGGCUCUUCCCCAGGGAGGAAGUACCCCAACUUCAAGGGGUCUUCUCCUUCUCCAAGUGCAGCCUGAGCUUUUUUUCAUCUUGGCGUGCAGAGGGGCCAUUGUAGGAGCUGAGACAUAGUGAAGGCAUUCAGGUUGAGUAGCUAGGGAGACAGGAAUGGUUGCAGAAGUAACUAGGGAACAAGAACCAGGGAGAGGCAAAGAUGAGCGGAGCUGCUCACCCACACCCACUCAGAAAUCAUUCUCCAACAGUAAUAUUGGCAUUUGAGUCACUAAAAAUAGUAUGAUACUGGAAUACCAAAACCAGUGUUAUCAUCACUAGUAAGUUUCCUUUGCAGAGUUAAAGUUCAGAAAGGGAAGGCCCUGUGGAAGAGGUGUGAUGGAGCAAAGUGUUAAAGGAUGGGUAUUCGGUAUUGAGUCUGAUAAUGGAGAUCCACUCAAUUUGCUGAUAACUAUCCCAGAAGUUUGAUAAAGUUUAUGUGCCAGUAGUUCAGGUCUGUAGCUUAGUUGGGGACUUACAUGUAUGAUCUUGUUUCAUCCCUGAAAAACCUGCAGGAACUAGGUGGCUCUGCGAAGCCGUCUUUUCCUUCACUCAGUUACAGCUCUCCUAUCUCUGUAUUUGUCUUUGUAAUAAAACCCUUGAGCAGUUUUGUGUGUUAUUCUUAGUGGUAACACUUUGAUACAUUAACACUUCAUAGCAUUUCACUUGAAGAUUUUUUUUUCCUCCAUGGCUUUAGCAUUUAAAGAUGCAAAGACACAUUAAGAUUUUGGAUCCUGUUUCUUGGAUGCUUCUCUUUACAGAGGCUUAUUCACAAAUUGCCUUUUUUUCCCUUUGCUCAUAUGCUUUCUUUAUUGGGCAUUAUAUUGAUUGGUUGUUGCUUGCCACACCUGUUUUCUGAGCUGCUAGUUAGUGUAUUUGGAGUAUGAAAAAUGCAGUACCUGCUUUUGCUACCUAGUGGCUUUCUACCUGCUGCAUUCUUUCACACACAUGUGAAUUUCUUUACUCAGCAGCUUUGAAACACUUUCUCAGUUCAACUUGGUUUUGGUCAAGACUUUGGAUUGGUAAUCUAAAUCUUAGCCUCUGAGUUUCUAUUUAUUGAAUCUGUGUUCAAAAGUAAUGUGUUCCACUGCAUAAUGCUGUCUUUGAGACCUCUGAAGUUUGGUUGGACAUGUUAUGUCAGAAUUUGGCUGUUUUAUUAGCUGGCUUUCUGGAACUCCAGAGCAGUGUUUCUCCCAAGGGUGGUUCACAGACCACCUGCGUUAGCAACUACUAUAGUUACAGAUUUCAGACCAUUCUGUCUCAAGAAGGGCCCAGAUCUGGGGACUCAGAAGUCUGCUUUUCACAAGCUACAGUAGGGAGUUGAGUACACACUUAACUUGGAAGACUUCUGCCUCAAUACUUAUUUAUUUAGAAGUUAUUGCCUCAUUUUUCUCAGAACAUGCAUGCUUGAGUUUGGGCCUUUGAUUUGAAUCUUGUAAAGGAGUAGCACCGUCCUUGCCCUGGGAUUCAGCAGAGUUACAGAGAAGUCAGAUCCCAGCAAUGUUACUAAAGCCCAAAUCACUGGACCAUCUCCUAUCUGUUGGGGUGGCUCUUGAGAGGCGCACAAGAGCAAAGGACGCACACGUGACUCUUGGAAAUCACCUUUCUGACUGUGGGUGACUACUCAGUACAUUAGACGGUAGAAUAUAGCCAAUCUAAGCUCUGGAGCCUUAUAAUAAUAGUAAUUAAGAUAAUGAUACUUUGUACUUCUCAAGUGUCUUUAAACUGAGGGCCUUCAAGUGCUAUAUUAAACAAAGUAUGCAACACCUCGGGAAGAGAGGUCAGUGUUGUUUCUCAUUUUAUAGAUUCAGAACCUAAACCUGAAUGUAAAACUUCAGCCUGGACAUUUUUCUUGAAUAAUAACAUUAAAUUUGAAGCAGUGGGGGUUUUUCAAAGGAAACAUUUUGGUUUGAGGGUUCACUAGUGGUUGUAGUGGGGUGAUGGGCAGCUUUUUUGGCCUUGCAGGGUAUGUCCUGAGUGGAAACAGCCGUUUGGGGUUACCCCAAUUAAUGUCCUUUAGGAUAGAAGUGUGUGACUGGAAAACACCAUCAUCCUUCUAGCCGGCAUUUGUGUGUAUUAAGUCCCAUUUUCUUUUUGGCUCCUUACUUUACCUCUCCUGGCCCUUAUUUUUAAAUCAUUUAUAGGCUCAGAGAGUGUUUAAAACAACAACCACAAACCUUUUAACGAUCACAUGGUCAGGCCCCUUAGGUUUACAGAACAAAAUUUUGACACUAGUACAAGUUUUAAUAAAAGACGUGCUGAAAGUGGCAGAGAAAAUGUGUGUGUGCAGGAAAUGCCAACAGCAGAACUACCCGCAAAGUUCUUGGUAAUGACGUUCUGUAUGUCUUUUCUCAAACAGGAAUAUAUUAAAUGAACACAAUCUAGAGUUGAGAAUCAGCAGAUCUUUCACAGAACAUGGUUUGGUUAUCACCAUGUUUUCUUCUCAUUUUUCUUUCCUUCAUGUUUUUUCAAAGUCUAAACUUGAGACCCUACAGUAUUUUCUUGCUAGUUUUACCUUUUAAAUGUUCUCAUUUGCUUUGUCUGUAUCAUCUCCUUUUUAUCUCUUUUGCUUUUGUAAGCUAAUAUUUUUGCAAUUUAAGUAUUUAAUUAUUCCAAAAAAAUUGAAUUUUUUUUUAAAUCUUGAAAGUCAAUAUUUUAGAAAAGGCAAACUAAAUUAAAUGUAAGGAAAAAUGUACUUGGACAGUUUUGGAAUAUUUAGCUGCUUUGUUUCAGCAGCUGUAGUAGACAGUUCUUUAUGGUCACAACUCUUAGCCUCCAGUUGUUCAGGUGCAAGUAACGUAGCACUUAUGGUUGAUUAAUAGUGCCUUUUGUUUUAUGUAUAAGAUGAAGAGCAGUUCCUAAAGUAAUGGAUUAAGAAUUGGAAGAGAGAGAAUAGGAAAUUGAUUCAUUUAUUCAGCAAAUAAUUGCUUGAUAAGGCAGAGCCAUCUCCUUAUAUAGUACCCUGUAUUUUAAUGCAAAAGAUGUAACGUUGUUUAUCCUCUUCAUAUUAAGAUGACUGAGUUAAUGAUGCUGAGAUAAUACAUGUGAAAAGUGCUCAGGAAAAGUGGAAAGUCCUGUACAAAAGCCUGUCUUACUGAUAGCUCAGUUUUAUAAAUAUUUGUUGAGAAUCUGUAAACAGAUAUUUGUGUUCUAAAGGCCAGCUGCUAGAAUAUUGAACCAUAAGGAGAAAUGUAGAGACAAUGUGGAAAAUGAUUUAUUCAUGCUUUCCUUCUUGCAAAAAUAACAAGGACAGGAACACAUAACACAAAACUCUCCUUACCAACCACCAGAUGGGGCUGUGGGUCAUAGGCAGCUCAGUUGCUGAUGCUGGAGAAAGGUAGGAGCAAUAUGAAAUGAGAUGUUCUAUACAUGGAUAAUUCAUGGCAUGGAGCAAAAUAUUUAUCCCCAUUUUCUAGGGAUAUCCCUAUUUUAGACCUCCGUCUUUGAGAAGAUUAGAAAAAUUCAAUCAAAUUUGUUAGUGAAAUAUUCUGCUAGUCAUUAGUAAUUCUUCCAUUUCUGGUGCUUGUAAGUUAAUUUUUGUAGUGAGUACAGGUUCAUUUUUCUGCAUAUGUGUGCCCACAGUUAAGAGACUUAGCAUGAGAAGAUUGUCCUUCCUCGCAACUCACCUUAAGUGUCACCUCCUUGCCAGAGCACCUCUUACCAACUUUCUACCAGACGGAGUUAAGCAUGGUUUGUUCUUUGCUUUUUUUUUACUUUAAAAACUGUAUUUUUAUUAAGACUACAGAAAAAUAGAUCAGAUAUUUACGUGUGAUUUAUAAAAAAAAAAGCAUUUUAGGAUAACAUUGUGAUUGAGGGUGUUUUAAAAAAAUCUAUGAACAUGUAUUGAGAGCAAUAAUUUUAUAUUUUUACAGGUCUCUUCUAUAUGGUAAUUUUUAAGGUAUUUUCAAAGUUACUUAUAUAUGAAUGAUUUCACUUCAUUAUGAUUAUUUUCACACGUUUGACAAUAACUGUGAAUACUGAAUGUUUUUAUUCUUUGCUUUUAUUUGGCUGUUUAUGCUCAGCUGUAGUUGUUUCCCUGUUGAAUUUAAAACAUGUAUAUAUGUCUAAAAAUUGUGUAUACCCAGAUACUCCCCCCCACACACACACAUUCUGCAACUAAUUCGGAGAUUCUCAAGCCCAUAUAUUAUUUAUAUUUCUGUACCCAUUCCUGACUGUAAAAUUUGGCAGGUACUAGUCACAGAAUAAGAAAGUUAUAAACAUUUGUAAAUUAUAGUUUUUUAUUCACUAUUUAGAGAAUACAAAAGUAUUUAAUAGUUUUUGAAUAGUCUUUCCCUGGAAUGUAAAUAAGCCAUCAGGAAUCAUUCUACAAAAUAAUUGAUUGCAGAAGAGCUUUAGAAUUUACUUUAAGAGGAUAAGAUUAUAGUAUUAAUAGCAAGAGCCAUCUAAAGCUUACCUUAUUAUAGGUCCACUCUUACUGUAUUGGAUAUGAGUUUUUUUUUUUAAUUUUAAUUUUGUGACUUACUUGAAUUACAUUUUUAAUACAUGAGUUGAAAAAAAUAGAGUUAAAUAAGUUUAAGUACUCUCAGGCCAUCUUUGAGUAAUAGGCCAAAUUUCAUUCUGUGUGACACAGUUUAUGCAGAACUUAAUGGGAAAAUUUGACUUACUCUAUUCAAUUCAAUUGAUAGAAAUCUGACAUAGCCAACUUCAAAGUGAAUUGUUUCUCUCUUUAGAAAUAAAUGUACUGAUCUAUAGUUUUUAGACUUCUGUGACAGUAAAAAAUAAUGUUCUUAUAAGAACUUUUUCCUUAUAAAAAUAAUACCCUAGUUGUUUCCCUGUGGGUAGGAAUUUUCCAUCUCUCUAAUCUUGACCGGAAAAGUUUGUCCUGAGCAGCUUAGAAAACUAAAGAAAAAUAUUUUAUCAUCAUCAACAAACAUUUAUCAAGUGUGUCCUAUGGGAAGGUCACAUCCCAGUCCCCUGAAACCCUCCCUCUCCCCCUUAUCCCAAGGUAAGAUUUCUGGCAGCCCUCUGGAAAGGAACCUUGACCCCUGAACUCAGAGGAAGGGAAUUGGAAUAGCUGAAGACCAUAUUUUAAAAGGCAGUCAGCUAUUUUGUUUUGUACUGACCUGGAAAAUUUGGUUAGUUUACUUUUACAUACGUAGCAUUUAUAAAACAAUAAAUGAGAGGCAGGAGGCUGCUCCAGGUAGACAUGCUUUGAAAGUAAUACAGAACACGAAAAGAUAGCUAUGACAAUACCAGAAAUAAGUUAUAAUAUCCCCAACCAUAGUCUUGUAUCAUUAGUUGAGUUUGUACCCAAAUUCAGCAUUCUUUUGAGCAAAUUAUAAGGACAUGGCCUAUGGAGUUAGACAAUUGUGGGUUCUAAUCUCAGACGUACUAAUGAUAUAAUCAUGAAAAAAUGUAUCCACUUGUUCAAGCCUUUCUUUUGUGUGUCAGAGCUAUCAUGAAAACAAUUAGGCUAUCCACCAAAACCAAAAAUUAGCAUGCUUUCUGUAUAAGAUGAGCAGAAGAACACUUAAAAUUCCAAGCGGUAAACUGACAAGGAAUAAUGCCAUUCUAUUUACAAAAGAAGAAAUAAACAACUAAUGGACAUGGAACAGUGUUUACCCUUACCUAAUAACCCAAAAUUCAAAAUAAAAACAACAAAACAAUUGCACAUGCUUUAGCAGCAAUUGGUAAAACUAUACCACUAAACUGUCAAUAAAAGCCCUCAAAUAGGGACAGAGAUCCAGAGGAGAAACAAAAAUGACCACUUAUAUAAUGUCAAGAAAGUUGUGAAGUACUGAUUCACACUCUGUUCUCUUACAAGGAGGUUCUUUCUGAAUUACUGUGCUUUGCUCCCAGUAAGAGUUCCGAGGAGUGUUCCUCUCUUAAAACUGGCAGCACCCACACUUACAUUUGUAUUCCCUGGACCUUUCCUUCUGCCUCCUUCGUUGUUUGGAAGUUAUAUUCUUACUCUUUCAACAUUGCUGAAAGCAGCAUAAUAUUGUUUGAUAUUUCUAUAUUUCUAAUCUAUAUAUUGAUCCUACUUGCCUACUGCAGCUUUUGCCUGCCUUGGUAUUUAUUAGUGGAUGCCUUACAUUUUGAAAUUUUAAAUAGGAAUUGUGGGAGGUUUUUUAAAAAUUAACCAAUUUAUAGUUGACAGGGUAAGACAUUUUCGUUCAUUCUUAUUAAAGCCUUUGUCCUUUCUUUGAAGUUUCAAACAGCCUAACAACUACAAUUCUGCUUUAGUUUAUAGCUAGAACUUUUACUGGUAUGGAAAGCAUUUUUAUGGAGCUUUAACAUUAUCAACAAGAUUCCCUUUUCUCUUGAAUGUCUGAAAGACAAAACAUUUGAUUUAAAAUUCCUACAUGCAGAGGGAAUUAUGUAUGUCAAAGCCUUUCUGUUUGUUUCUGUUUGUUGUAGAGGAGGUGUGAAGCACUAUGUCAUUAGUCACUGAGCCAGCAUUUAUUGUGUGCCUGUCCCGGCACUCUCCUGACCUGUUGGGCAGGGCCAGGGAUUAUGGAAUGAGGAUGAAGAUGUCCACUGCACGAGAACAGUACAGACUAGCCCUGACCCUACCCCUAGCUGGAACGUGUUGUCCUGGAGGUGCGCACAGGGAGUGUGGGAGCCUGUGAAGAGAGCCAGGACCUUAACUGCUAAGGCCAACGGGAAGGCCUCGCGGGAGGGGCAGCAUCUGGAGGGCAGAGGAAUAGUUUUCCCGGAGGUGAAGGCAAGGAUUGCAGGCAGAAGAGACAGGUGAUCUAGGCACAGAGGCUAGAGUGUCCCUGGACUUUCCAGGAUAUUGUGAGUGGACUGGUACGUGCUCAUCUGAGAGCUCCGGGCUACAGGUCAGUGACCGUGAGUGUGUGUAGUCAGGUAAAAGUGGCUCAGAGGGUUUCACAUUCUCCGAAGAAACCCAGAAAAUGUUUGGUUUCUCAGUCUGUUUGUGCCUUCGGGCUGGGCUCCGUGCACAGAGUCUGGGUGACAUGUGCGCUUUGUGUCUCGGUCAGUGGUGAUGAACCUUUUAGAGCUUUCAGUGGCACAAGCAGCCCACGGUGCCAUGUGUGCCACAGGUUCGCCACCACUGGCUAGGUGAUAGGCAGUGCCCUUCUGGUCCCUCGUGUGUGCAGCACAUGUCAGUGUCGCCUGACAUCCACUGUGUUGAGAAUGGGUUCCUCUCAUCACACAGCCACUGCACCAGGCUGCAGAGGAGCUCGCAAAUCACACAUCCUGUCUUGCGCUGUGCAGCCACGCAAAUGCGGCUCCUCAUAGUCCCUUUCAUACCGGAAGUACUUUCUAAAUAUUUGGUGGCCGGGAGGUGGGCACACACUACCAUGCACAUGCAAAUUGCACACAUAUUUAUCCAGAUAAGUGAACUACAUGAACUUGGAAAGGGUCACAUGGGUGGAUAUUUCUAAGAUUAGGUAGGUAGAAUGUAGUGACGGAAAGGUGUCUCUACAAACAAGGAAGGGGUUAGAAAGAGGCAGCGGACGACAGGAGAGUUUACAGAGUGCAGGAACUUGUGAUCUGUGUGUGAACUGUCAAAAUCAGUACAUGAAAGAUUUCUACUUUUCAUAUUUGUUUUUAGGUUUCAUGUCAUUUAGCCAGUUUUCUGGAUACUACUGCAAAAUUAAACUGUAAAGUGAGGUUCGCUGUGAGCUUUUCCAAUUUUGCAGAGCCAGCUUUGCAGCAGAUUCCCAUCAGAGGGAAGGCACAUGACUGAGAAAUUGUUGAAACCAGCCAGACAUCUUCAGGGAAUUAUGGGCAGGCUGUUUUCUUUUUAAGUGGCUUACAAAGCAUUUGAGGAAUGUCAUUGUGGAGCAGAGAGCACAUGCCCAACUGGUUCCCUUUUGGGGGAAGAACACUGUUUGGCACUUUCUUGUUUUGCUGAACCUGUGCUGCUCUGUGGCCCUCAGGGUUCCUGGAUGGCUCUGGGGUUUCAGGUGCUGGAGGAAGCCAUGUUCCACUCAGAGCUUCGGCCAGUUUCCAGUCCACAAGGCUCAAAAACUAGGAAUAAGGGUGAGGGCAUGAGUGGGGCUGGGAAGAGAAGUUAGAGGCCUUUCAAGAAAAUUAUACUUGGCCAGGGGUUUAGCUCAGCGAACGCAAGGUCGUGAGUUCGAUCCCUGGCACCAACAUAAAUAAAUAACAAUUGUACUUUAUUAUCCCUAUUUUCAGAGUCUCAGGUUUGGCCCUACUUGCCAAAGAUCUUCUUCCCUUUAUUCUGGAACUACUUAGAAACUACACUCUCCUUCCACUUUUCAAGCAAGGAUUAGCAAGUGCUCUGUGUGAGAGCUGUACAGGUUCUUAGCCCAGACCCCAGGGUGGUGCCUGCUCAACGAAAGGGAGAUGAGUGGUGUGUGCCUUUUUGCAUUUGUACCCUGUCAGUUUGCCCUUCUGGAGUCAAAGUGUUUUGCACAGUGGUUACUUAAUGCCCAGCGGACACAGCUGCAGCUCAUUUAACCAUCUAUUGUGUGAGGUCCCAUUUCCAUUUUGUACCAUGGGUAAACUGAGGGCUGGAGUCCUUAUUUCAGCUGUACACCAGAUAGAUUCUGAUAGAUCUAGAACAGUGAUGGCAAACCUUUCAGAGACUGAGUGCCCAAACUGCAACCCAAACCCCAAUUGUCUGUCACAAAGCACCAACACUGCAAUUAAACCUGAGUACUGAGAUUUUAUUUUAGAAAAAACAUCUGUUGUCUGAUGUUCAGCUGCUGGGAUGACUUGGCUUGUGUGCCAACAGAGAGGGCUCUUCCUACAUACAGCAGCAUGCGUGCCGUAGGUUUGCCACCACUGAUCUAGGACUCAAAUUCAGGCAUCCUUUUGUUUGCUUUCAAUUUCAAAUGUAAUUCACCAGAUUAUACUGUUUUCUCUGCCUCAGUUAUUAAAAAUAAAAUUUUAUCUGUUAAAACUAUCUCUUCAAGUCAAUUAUUCUUUCCUAUAAUGAAGCCUUUUGAGUUUAUGGCCCGGCAGCUAGAAGUUGCAAUAAUUGACAUAGGGAUUAUGUAGAAACUUGCAAUGUUGGAUUCGGCUUUCUUCAUAUUCCCUGCAGGAGGCAGAGAGAGGAUCACCUUUGGGCUCACACCAGAGCAAUGAGGACAAAGUGCGCCUGAAAUGUCGGUCAUACUUGGCGAGUUCCUUAACCUGUCUCAGCCUCGCAUUUAUCACCUAUAGGCUGGGCGUGCUGAUUAGUGGAGCUGACACCUGUGUAACUGAGAACACUUGUCUGAAGUACCCGCCCCACAGGUGAAGCAUCAGGGUGACGGCUCUCGGGCACAGCCAGCUCUCUGCCAGCUCUCUCCUGCACAUUGCUUCAUUUCUUUUUCCCCACCAGCGGCCAGGUAAUCCUCCUUCUCGUACAAUUAAAACAGCGUUCAUUGAGCACUGGAGUUUUUAAACAUCUUGACUGAAUAUGACACUGCAUUGGUGACAUUUUGAUAGCUGUCAUUGCAUGGUUUAGUUCCAACAUCUUUCAGCACAUUCAGAAGCAUCAACCUUUACAUGUUGGGGCUUCUCCAGCAGCAAUUAUAGCCAUAAGUGAGGAAAAGCUAUACAUGUUCCCCUAAAAUAUCAUUGAGAUUUGUGUCAUAGGCCUCUGGUGACAAAGACUUGUUUAACUGCAAGAUGUCAGCGUUUCCCCCUUCAGAUAAAAUUAAACUAUGGAAUAGCACUCAGUCCUUACAGGGAAAAAUAAAUUGAGUUUUCAGUUAUAAAAAUAUACACUAUUAAAAUGGGUAUCAAAUACUUUAAUAAUCUUGUAAUGUGCAAGUGUGGACAGAUAGGGUGAAGUACCCCAAGACAAGGCAGUGGAAUUGUCCUUUUCAGCCAGCCUGGUGAAGGCCAGCUCUCCCUAGAUGCCCCCCAGCCUGUGGCUCCUCCAUGGCCUUCUUCUGAGUGGGCAGCUCCCUGGAGCCAGUGCUUCCUGCAGCCAGCUGAGCCGUGAGCCACAGGGGUUUAGAGUUAGCUUUGCCAACAGCCAUGGGCUGCCCUUAAAUCAUUCUGUUCAGUAUGGUCUCUGGUACUGCAUGCCACGCCAGUACCUGGCUCUCCUGGAGGCUUUGGAGACCCAGAGAGCUACGUGCUUCUGGGAGGGGAGAAAAGGGAUAUUCUUCGGGCCUUAAGGCAGAUGACAGACAGUGUGUCUAAGACAUACGACUUAGGUGAGGGCAGUGCCACAGGUUUCAGGGUUUAGAAUCCUGUGUGGAUUUCACAAGGCUGGAGUUGAAGGUCUGGUAGAGAAGCAGAAUGCAGUCAUCCGAUACUUACUAAACCAGUAGACAGUAAACACCGUGAAAACAAAAAAUAAGUAAAACUGUGAGCCUUAGGACUUAGAGAAGAACGAGGCAAAUUGCAUGGUAGAGCAGGAGAAGAUAUGAACACUGCCAGAAAAAAGGUAAAGGGAGGGUCAGCGCCUGUCCCCACCGUGAUACAGUGUGCAUCCAGCCGUAGGAUGGGCUGAGCUGACAGGCUUGAGUCAGAGACCUCAGCAGUGACCCACGUGGCUCUCUGGUGACAUGAUCAGGGGUCAAGGAGAUGCCCUAAAGACACUGCCCACUGAAAGUCGGCAGAUUAUUCCCACCCUCCCCUCGCCCCUUUGCCAUGCCUGGGCUCUUCUGCUCAGUUGGUGAGGUAGAAACUAAAAUCAUUAGAAAUUGGAGUUUUCCUGAAAGGUCUUUUCUUAAGAGAAACCCCUAGACUCGGUAAUCCAUUUCAAGGGGCACAUCUGGCACAAGAAAACACAGACUCUUUCAACUCAGCAGACCUCAAAUCUUGAUGCCAAGAGUCACGGGGAAGGCGAGUGACCCCGCCUGGAAUGUGUGGUGUCUGGUCACUUCCACGCAGGCAGUAAAACACAGGAGUGGCAGAAGGCUGUGCACACACAGCAGAGCAGGGCUGCACAUACCCUGGUAGUCACUGUCCCCUUUCAUGUGGUUUUUGUUGUGUCAGCCGCACUGAGAGAGAGUUAGCUGAGCCCCUCUGGAGUUAGCCGAGUGCACCUUGGCCUGGAAUGGGCCUCCUCCUGGCUUGUCUGAGCAGUGGAAGCACAAAUAGCAGCCUCGGGCACAUGAGGACACACACAGGCCGCAGAGCCUGUCAAGCACUCUGUCGUGCUCCGAAUGAACAGAUGUUUAUCCCACAACAUUUUUCUCCUCUUCUUGGGAUUUGUCCAAUGCAUUAAAAAAAAAAUCCAAACUGUUUACACUGGUGAUUCUCUUUUGCUGCAUUUGCUUGCGUUGUUUCGCUCUUUCCCAUACAUUAAGAGCUGUUGGCGUGAGGAAAUUCUGCCCAGCUGCUUUCUGGAACAGGCCCUUCCAUCGCUUAAACGAGGAACCCUUUGUUCUUGGACCUGAGCACAGCUCAGCUUGCCUUGUCACGUGGUUCUUGGCGCGGAUCCCCUAAAGUUUAUAGGCUUUUUAAAACCCAUUUCCUUUCUACCCCCAAGAUAAUCAGCUUCCAUGACUUUUGUUUGAGUAAAUAGCUCCAGAUCCCUUCAUUGUUUCUGGUUCUCCCCCAUGGCUUAGUAAUCAUUCAACAGUUAUUAAGCACAUACUUAGGUUGGUAAAUAUCAUACCACUGUACGAGGCAUUAAAAGAGAAACCAUUUCUUCUUUUUGACUUGCUCAUGUUUUCACUUAUUUUUUCAUUUCCUUCAUUCAAGAAAUAUUUGUCCAGCUCCCACUGUGUACCAGGUUCUGCUCUAGGCACUGAAGAAUCUGCGAUAAGCAGAAACAGACCUGGUCUUUGCCUUCAAGGAAUUCCCAUUAUAGUGUGGGAGAAAGACAUUUGAAGAAUUAAUUGCAAUUCAGAGUGAUACAUGCUAUAAUAGUAGGGUGUUCAUGGUUCUUUGAGAAAUGAGAAGGGUGUAAUUGGCUCUGCCUCAGGCAUCAAAAAUAACUUCACAGAGUACUUCACAUAUGAGUAUUCUAGACUGAGAAAAUAGCAUAUAUGGAAGAUUAUGUUUCGAAAAUGGUACUUGAUUCAAUAUCUGGAGUGCAAAGACAGGAGAUGCAGCUGGAAAAGUAACUGGGUACCAAAUGGGGUAAGGUCAUGCUGCAUGCCAAGUUUAGAAACUUGGAAUAAGAUUAUAGAAAAUGGAGGGGCAGGGUGAAGGCUUUUAAGCAGAGAAAAGGCACGCUCAGUAUCAUGGUCUGAAUUAUGUAGCCCCAACCCACAGGACCUCAGAAUGAAGCUGCAUUUGAAGGCAGGGCCUUACAGAGAUUGCUAAGUUAGAAUAAGGUCCUUAUGGCGGGCUUAACCCAGGGGGCUGGUGUCCUAGGAAACUAGGACCCAAAUAUAGAGAUAGAGAAGUCAGGGUGAAGACAUGGAGAGAAAACAGCCCUCCACAAGCCAAGGACGCCUUAGGAAAAACCGGUCCUGCCAACACCUCGAUCGCAGGCUUUUGGCCUCCAAAAUCAUGAAAAAAUAAAUUUCUUUUGUUUUGCCACUCAUCUGUGGUAUUUUCUUGUAGCAGUUCUGACAAGCUAAUACACUCAGGUUUGUGUUCUUGGCUGUUUGGUUGGUUUUGUUUUUUUGAAAAAAGUUCUUGCUGUGCAGUUCAGGGUGGCCUUGAGCUCAUUGUAUGGCCCAGGCUGGUCUCCAACUGUCAGCAUCUCCUGCCUCAGCCUCCCGAGUGCACAUAAAGUGAUUUGUGGUCCAGGGUCCUCUUUUUCCUCUUUGUCAGUUCAUUGUUGAUAAUUGUCAGUGUACUUAUCAUUCUGAGAGGUUUAUGUUUAUGAAGUAACCGCAGGAUGUGGAGGAUGCUGGCUUAGAGAGGAAAGAAGUGUGAAGCAGGAGGAGCAGUAAGUUACAAGAGGCCAUCGCCAAAGUCUAGGUAAUGACACAGGGCCGAAUGACCAAAGAGUGCACUAGCAAGUAUCCUUUUUAACCAGAAUAGUGACACCACAGAAAGGACCUGCUGGGGGUGGGUAGGUACAUGCCAAAAUGGUGUCUUUCCAUUUGGACCACUUCACUUUGCUUUGUGUGCUGGGUGGUUAAGCUAUGUUAGCUCAUUGCAAUGAGCUUUCUUGUCUCCUGGCUUUUGGUUGAGUUCAGCUGGAAGAGAUUAGGAGGUAGAGAGACAAUGAGAAGGGUUUGCUCUUUCCUGGCUCACUUCCCCCCGCUGUAUUGGGCUCGCCAUCGCCGCGAUCUUCUCCCUGUGGCUGCAGCGCCAUGCAAAGGCCUCUUCUGCAGCUGCCACUCUCCCUGUUUGGAUGAAUGAUGUCUUCGUGCUUUGCUAACCCUGAGGUGCUUCUCUCUUCUUAAGGAAUACGAUUCCUUCAUUAGAAUGGUUAGUCUCCUUUUCAGUGACCCACCUAUUUCUUGCCAUGAUGAAUUUAAAUUGUCUGUUGGAUCUCCAGGUAGAGAUACUGAGGACUAGUUGGAAAUUGGAAAUUUAGGAUUAAAGACUUGGGAACAGGUCACAAUGGAAUAGGAAUUUAGUAUCUACAUGUAAAUAGGGUUAAAGCUAUGAACUGCUGUUAAUAUAGUUUGAAAAGAGAAAAGGGACCUUGGAUUGGAGGAGAAAAUAAACUUUUCAGGAAUUUGCUAUUUUUUGGUAACAGAAUCUUAUGAAUGCAACUCUUAAUUUUGAUUAAUAUUUUGUACAAAUAUAUCCAAAUAUAUUUUGUACAAAUAUAUCCAAAUGAAUAAUUCAGAUUGAAUAUUCACACUAGUCACUAGUUGUAUAGAAAGUGGUUUGAUUGUGUCUUCAGGAAGGGGUUUAGUGCCAGGUGUGGUGGCACACGCCUAUGAUCCCAGCAUCAGGAGGCUGAGGCAAGAGGACUGCUAUGAGUUUGAGGUCAGCCUAGGCUACAAAGUGAGUUUAAGGCCAUCUUGAGCUACAUAGCAAAAUCUUGUCUCAAAAAGACAAAAAAAGAGUCUUAUAACCUGUAAAUAGUGAAUCAGUUUCAGACAGAGAGAGAAUUUAGGUAGCAUAACCUAGAAAAACACUUACAUGCAUCCUUAAAGGUUUCAGAAAUAUAUUUGUAGGCAAUCCAUGUAUUUAAUAGCAGACUACUAUAAAUGUUGGUUAAGGCAGUUUGUUGAGUCUGUUUGGAAGGCAAAUUUUGUUGGCUGAGAUUUAGUUGCUGUAUGUAUUCCAAAGUAGUAAGCCUUUCUUACCUGUAAAAUUGAGAUAGUAAUAAUGUUCAGAUGCUAUGUGAUUUUCCUGCAGUCUCAUAAAAUCUGCAUUUCUACAUCUCAGGAUGGGUACCAUUGAUAUCAUCCUCAUACUGAUGUUGAAUGAAACCAAGGCUUAGCGAAGUCAGUAAUUUUCCCAAGGCCAUAAGCUAAUAAAUAUAGGAGCCAAAUUUUUCUAUUUAUAUAAAUAAGUGAAAGUUUUUACUAAUACUUGGAAAGAUGCUCUUGGCCCCCUUCCAAGAGUUUGUUGUCACAGAACUCAAGAAGCCGAGUGCCCAUAGAACUUCCAACAUAGCAUUCUCAUGGCGUAGGCCUAGAAGACACCUUUAACAAACGUCUGGAACACACAUGGUCCAACCAUUGCAUUAGAAAGAUCAAAAUUGCCCGAGUUGGUGGGUAGGACAUAUAAUAUGUAUGCUUUCUGUCCUUCGGCUCGUAUAAAAGUGGGAGUUUGUAUCAAAUUAAGUAUGUUAGCCAGAUGCUGAUUGUCUUGGACUGCCAUUUCUCAUUGGCCCGUGUAAUAUAACCAGAGUACGUCUGGUACUUUUGUAAGGCAUGGCCUGCUUAUAAAACCAGCAUGGAUGUUUGCCCAGUCUAUUUUGUGUGUUCACUGUCACUCCUAGUAGCUAUGAAUUUUUUCUUUCCAUUUAUUCCAGAUUUUCCCUUUUGGGGUUCAAAAAGGUGAGGACCAUGCAAAAAUGAAGUGGUUUGUGGCCUGAGGUCCUUGUGUCCUCCGUGCCAUUUCCUUGUUGAGAGUUAUCAGCAUAUUUGUUAUUCCCAGAGGACAGGAAGCUUAGUCAUGAGCAAGUUUCUAAUCAAACAUUUAAAAAGGACCUGUCAAAAAGUUGAAUGGCUUCAAGUCAGACCUGAAAAUGUCGAGAAGAUAGGAUCUUCAGAUUGGUUCCUUCGCGGCCCAUGCGGGCACAGAUGUAGCAGCUUGCCCUCCGGUCAGCAUAGUAAGCCUCACUCCUGCUCCCUGAGUGAGGCAGCUCACUCACCACACUUCCAGAGGGCCAGGCGCUCUGUAGGCAAGAGUCAGCCUUCUCCCCCAGCCAUCCGCUGGUUUGACACUAAAAGCUUCCUUUGUCCUUCUGCAGGAAGGCUCCCAGCUGUCUCAUGAGAGAGUGAGCUCAGCUCCCAUGAGUGGACUGCUGUGUAUUCAACUGCUCACAUUGAGGACGGGCUUUAUUUAAAACUUUCAAACUGUAGUAAGGAUUAUGGAUCAGUUUUUAAAAAUACUUCUCUGAACCACAUAAUUGAAAUGUAUUUCAAGCUGUAGUAACAAAGGAAGCUCAAAGCAUAUUACUUUAUUAUUGUAGGUGUCUUUGAUUAAGAGGAGGAAUAUUUUCCUCUAAAGACAUUUUAAUUUUACUUUAAGAAUAACCAAUGUUGGUGGCAUUGUUUCUUGUUUAUCUAUUCUGGAAGAUGAUUUGACAAUAGAUAUUUAAAACUUUCAAAAUGCACAUACUUGCCGUUCCAGGCUUUCGGUAUCAUUAAUAUAGUUUUAACCUAACUGAGGUGUUUUAGAUGGCAAGCAUUUAUUCAUCUAUCUUGCUGUCCUUUAUGACCUCUUCAGAGAAAUAAUCUAAAUAUCCAGGGAUUAGAUAAGCAUCACAGAACCCUAUCAGGCACUUGAGAUAACUAGUGGCCUGGGAACGUAUUUCUAAUGUAGAGCAUUCUGGAAGACUUAAGCUUUAGUAAUUUUAGAAGCAUAAAUACUUCAAACUUUCAAAAACCAUUAUUUGCUUAGGCAUGGGUGUGGUGGUGCACACGUAUAAUACCAACACUCAGGAGACCUGGCAGGAAGAUCACUGUUGGUUUGAGCACAACCUGGGCUACAAAAUGAGUUCAAGGCCAGUCCAAACUGCAUAGUAAGAUCCUGUCUCAAAAAGAACCCCCUAAUCAAGCAUGGUGGUACAUGCUUUUGUGAUCCCAGCACUCAGGAGACUGAGGCAGGAGAAUUGUGGGUUCAAGCCCAGCCUGAGCUACAAAGUGAGCUCAAGGCCAGCGUGAACUGCAUAAAGAGCUCUGUCUCAAAACAAACAAUCUAACUAACUAAAACAAAAACCAUUAUUUGAAUAAAUUUAUAUUUAGCAUUUCACUUUGUAAAAUUUGGAUAAAAUUUGAAUUUUGUUUGACUUAACUAACAGUUAACAUUUAUCAAAGAGAUUUAAAAUUAAGUGAAAAUUUAUUUGUUUUAAAAUUUUUAAGUAAUAUGUAUUUUAUAAUGUCAAACAAAUUUUAAAACAAGAUAAGUAAGGGUAACAGUUUGUUAAAGCAGACUUUUCAAAAAACAAGUACAGCUUGAUUCUAUUUAUACAAAUAAUAUGCAUUGGAAAUUUUAAAAAGAAAGCCUGAAUUAAUAGUGACUUUCUUUGAGUAUAACUUUUUAAUUUUUUUUCUUUGCUUUUCUCUAUUUUUCAAGUUUUCUACAAUGAACAUGUAUGCCUUUCUAUUCCAAAAAAUAUUAAAAUUUGUUUGAAGAAUAAAGCCAAUAUUUUGAUUUAACUCUGAUGUCCAAAGUUUCAUAAUUAGUGUGUAUAAAAAGCAAGAAUUAUUAACUUCAUCUCUCAAUUGCUAUUAACAUAAUUAAUUUAGCUACUAUUGCUGAAAAUAAAAAACAAUUAAAAUAUAAGAAAUAUUCCUGCUUAAAGUAACUUUGAAAAGCUGUGCUCCAUAUCUUUAAGUUUGAUUGAUAAUAUCACGUUUUCUUAAAACUUACUUUUAGUUGUACAUAAAGUGAAUAGCUAUAAAGGAAUAUUAGAGGGCUUUUUCUUGUUACUCUUUUAUAUUUUGUCAUUCUGAGAGAUUAAGCAAAGAUUCAUGAGUAGAAACUUUAGGGGAAAAGAAUUUAACUUCAUAAGAAAUGCAUUUUUUCCUCACAUUGAAAAAAUAUUUUUAAGGUAAAGAAAAAGCAAACCGGCCUGGGGAUUUAGCUCAGUGGUGUAAGUGCCUGCCUGGCAAGCAUGAGGUUAUGAAUUUGAUCCCUAGCACCAAAAAAAAAAAAAAAAAAAAAAACCCGAAAAAACAAA